CCGACUCUGAUUGGAAGGACCCCUGCGAAAGCAUUCAGGCGCCGAGGACAGCCCGGGGUCCUACCUUACUGUGCACAUGGUACAUGUGAUCGGAGCUGGCUGCCUGAUUGUAGGAUUAACCAAUCACAAUGCAGAGGAAGAAGAUCGAUAACCGGAUCCGGGUCCAGAUCGAGAACGGAGUUGCUGAGAAGCACAGAAGUUUAUUUGUGAUUGUGGGGGACCAUGGGAAGGAUCAGGUGGUCAUUCUCCAUCACAUGCUCUCCAAAGCUGCAGUGCGAGCUCGGCCCUCUGUACUCUGGUGUUACAAGAAGGAGUUGGGCUUCAGCAGUAACCGGAAGAAGAAAAUGAGAAAACUACAGAAGAGGAUAAAGAGCGGCACACUAAACAUCAAGGAGGACGACCCGUUUGAGCUGUUUAUUGCCGCCACCAACAUCCGCUAUUGUUAUUAUAACGAGACCCAUAAGAUUCUGGGAAACACCUACGGCAUGUGUGUCUUGCAGGAUUUUGAGGCUCUGACUCCCAACUUGCUGGCUCGUACCGUAGAGACGGUGGAAGGUGGUGGACUUGUGGUGCUUCUUCUCCGCACUAUGAGCUCCCUGAAGCAGCUGUACACCAUGACCAUGGAUGUCCAUUCUCGCUACAGAACAGAAGCGCAUCAGGACGUUGUGGGACGUUUUAAUGAAAGGUUUAUAUUAUCUCUGUCCUCCUGUAAGAACUGUAUGGUGAUUGAUGAUCAGCUGAAUAUCCUGCCUACUUCCAGCCAUAUUGCCAACAUAACGCCGAUUCCGCCAAAGACACAGGAGAGCAGCCUGACCCCGGAGGAGCAGGAGCUGCAGGAGGUGAAGCUCAGUCUCCAGGACACACAGCCGGUUGGGGUUCUGGUUGAAAACUGCAAGACCCUCGACCAGGCCAAGGCAGUUCUGAAGUUUAUAGAGGCGAUAUCGGAGAAGACCCUCCGCAGUACAGUGGCCCUGACAGCCGCUAGAGGUCGCGGCAAGUCGGCAGCACUAGGAUUGGCGAUUGCGGGGGCUGUGGCUUUUGGUUAUUCCAAUAUUUUUGUGACCUCUCCGAGCCCCGAUAAUCUGCACACGCUGUUUGAGUUCAUCUUCAAAGGCUUUGACUCGCUGCAUUACCAGGAACAUAUGGACUAUGAAAUCAUCCAAUCCCUGAACCCGGAGUUUGAGAAAGCUGUGGUCCGAGUCAAUGUGUUCAAGGAGCACCGACAGACCAUACAGUACAUCCAUCCGGCAGACGCCGUAAAGUUGGGUCAGGCGGAACUGGUGGUGAUCGAUGAAGCAGCUGCUAUCCCUCUGCCUCUAGUAAAGAGUCUUAUGGGGCCCUACCUGGUCUUCAUGGCAUCUACAAUCAAUGGAUAUGAAGGCACUGGCCGCUCCCUUUCACUCAAAUUGAUUCAGCAGCUGCGCCAGCAGAGUGCAGAAAGUCAGAUCUCCAACACCGCAGAGAACAAAAACUCCAGCACCCAGCUCCUGUCCUCAGCUCGUACCCUCCAUGAAGUAUCUUUGCAGGAAUCUAUACGUUACGCUCCGGGAGACGCCGUGGAGAAAUGGCUGAAUGAACUGCUGUGUUUAGAUUGCCUGAACAUCAGCAGGAUGAUAAGUGGGUGUCCCCUGCCCGAGACCUGUUCUCUAUACUAUGUGAACCGGGACACUCUGUUCUGCUACCACAAGGCAUCGGAAUCUUUCCUGCAGAGGUUAAUGGCUCUUUAUGUUGCUUCUCAUUACAAGAAUUCACCCAACGAUCUUCAGUUGCUCUCCGACGCCCCGGCACAUCACCUCUUCUGCCUCCUCCCACCAGUACCUCCUACCCAGAAUGCCCUACCAGAGGUCCUGGCUGUUCUUCAGGUCUGUCUGGAGGGGGAAAUUUCACGUCAAUCGGUCAUGAGCAGUCUUUCUCGGGGGAAGAAAGCUUCUGGGGAUCUCAUCCCCUGGACAGUGUCGGAGCAGUUUCAAGACCCAGAUUUUAGCAGUUUAUCUGGAGGAAGAGUUGUAAGGAUUGCUGUUCAUCCAGACUACCAAGGGAUGGGUUAUGGAAGCAAAGCAUUGCAGUUGCUGCAGAUGUAUUAUGAGGGACAGUUCACCUGCCUGGAAGAAAAUGUCACAAACAAGCCCCAAGAGAUCACUCCAAUAAGCGGUGAGGCGGUCAGCCUUUUAGAGGAGAUGGUAACACCUCGGAAGAACCUGCCGCCCCUCCUGCUCCGGCUCAGUGAGAGACCAGCGGAGAAGUUGGAUUAUUUAGGGGUGUCCUAUGGAUUAACACCAAAACUGCUGAAGUUCUGGAAGCGAGCUGGGUUUGUUCCUGUAUACCUGCGUCAGACUCCAAAUGACCUCACGGGGGAGCACUCCUGCAUUAUGCUGAAGAGUCUUCAGGAAGAUGAAGAAUCUCAACAGGAGCCUUGGCUGACCGCAUUUUGGAAAGAUUUCCGAAGACGUUUCCUCUCUUUAUUGUCCUAUCAGUUCAGCAAUUUCUCCCCAUCGGUGGCGCUGAAUAUGCUACAGAACAAAAACGUCAAGAAAGAAUCUCAGAGUUCGAUCACACGUUCAGAGCUGGAAGCCUCUUUUACACCGUACGACCUCAAGAGGUUAGAGAUGUAUUCUCAGAACAUGGUGGACUAUCACCUGAUCAUGGAUCUCAUACCCUCGAUUGCACGACUGGUCUUCUUGCAGCGACUUGGAAGCUUCAACCUGUCAGUUGCCCAGAAUGCUCUGCUCCUGGGAAUCGGGCUGCAGCACAAGACUAUGGAUCAGCUGGAGAAGGAGAUUGAACUGCCCGUCAGUCAGCUAAUGGGUCUGUUUAACCGCGUCAUCCGCAAAAUUGUCCAGGUAUUUAACCGGGUUCAGGAGAAGGCUGUGGAGGAACAGAUGGGGGCCGUCAAGGAGGUGGUUAUGGAGCCCACCUUGCAAUCCCUCAAUGAUGAUCUGGAAGAGGCAGCCAGGGAGUUCCAGCAGAAGCACAAAGAGGAGGUGCAGAAGUUGCAAGGAAUCAAUCUAUCGCAAUACGUGAUCCGGGGUGAUGAUGACGAGUGGAACGAGGUUCUAAAGACUGGCAAGGCUGCAUCUGUUAUCAGUGUGAAAAGCGAUAAGAAACGGAAACUGGACCAGCCGGAGAAGAGCGGUGGGAAGUUCCAGAAAAAGCUAAGGAACAACAAGGACAACAAAGACAAAAAGCUGAAGAACAACAAAGACAAGACGCAGAAGUUUAGAAAGUGAUCAGUUGGGGCUUUGCUGAUGUAUGAGGGGUGUGCGGUAAUCAUCCUGUCCACAGUCACCCCCCGAGGAGGCCCCCCCGUCAUCCUGUCCACAGUCACCCCGCGGAGGCCCCCCCGUCAUCCUGUCCACAGUCACCCCGCGGAGGCCCCCCGUCAUCCUGUCCGCAGUCACCCCAAGGAGGCCCCCCGUCAUCCUGUCCACAGUCACCCCGAGGAGGCCCCCCGUCAUCCUGUCCACAGUCACCCCGAGGAGGCCCCCCGUCAUCCUGUCCACAGUCACCCCGAGGAGGCCCCCCGUCAUCCUGUCCACAGUCACCCCGAGGAGGCCCCCCGUCAUCCUGUCCACAGUCACCCCGAGGAGGCCCCCCGUCAUCCUGUCCACAGUCACCCCGAGGAGGCCCCCCGUCAUCCUGUCCACAGUCACCCCGAGGAGGCCCCCGUCAUCCUGUCCACAGUCACCCCGAGGAGGCCCCGUCAUCCUGUCCACAGUCACCCCGAGGAGGCCCCCCGUCAUCCUGUCCACAGUCACCCCGAGGAGGCCCCGUCAUCCUGGUACCUGCGGCAGGAGGGAGGACUAUUAUCGGGCUCAUCCCUUGAUGAUUCUGUAUAUAGGUGGGGUGUUUAUUCCUCUAUAUGUGCCUUGUGUAUAAUCCUAUAUAGACCAAGAGAACUGUAUAUAUGUAGGCUGUACAAAGUCCACAUUGUUGUCAAAUGUUAUGCUGUUUUUUUUCUGUUUACUUGGUUGAUUCAAUGUCAAGAGACAUGCAAUGAUUUUUUUUCUUGGAAAGCAUGUGAAAACAAGUGGUGAGAAACUGCAGCUCGUAGGCAUUCCCAGAGACGUUGGCGUUGAUUUACAAAAGCUGGUGCAGCUCUGCAUAGAAACAAUAAUUUUUUUAUUAUCAAAGCUUAAGGCCCCUUUCAGACGGAGUGGAAUCCGGGGAUCUCUCUGUUUAUGAUGACAGGUCUGUGUCCGUUCCUCUAUGUAGCGCAGACACAGCCC